AGCAAAAUGGAUCGGAGAAGCGUGCUCUCUCUCGCAGUGAUCUGCAUUGUCAUUGCAGGCGUCGGCGGUCAAUCUCCGGCGGCUUCUCCGUCCAAGUCACCAGCCACUCCGGCUGCGUCACCGGCGCAGGCACCUUCCAAACCUAAAUCACCAGCUCCGGCUGCCUCUCCUAAAUCGUCGCCUCCUGCUGCAUCUCCCAAGGCGGCAACACCAGCAUCAUCUCCCAAACCUGCGUCGCCGGCUUCAUCUCCAGCAUCUUCUCCGUCAAAGGCUGCGGCGGCACCAGCUCCAGCUAGCAAACCUCCAGCAGCGACUCCAAAGAGCUCCCCCCCGGCACCAGUUCCGGUUUCUUCUCCCCCUGCUCCUGUUCCAGUUAGCUCACCGCCAGCCAAAUCUCCUCCAGCACCUGCACCGACUACUCCUCCGGCGAGUUCUCCUCCAGCACCAGUUGAGGCACCGACAGCUGAGGUCCCCGCUCCGGCACCGAGCAAGUCCAAGAAGAAGAAGAAGGGAAAGAAGCACCAUGCGCCAGCACCAUCACCGUCAUUGCUAGGACCACCCGCACCACCCGUUGGAGCUCCGGGACCCAGUGAAGAUGCAGUCUCUCCCGGCCCAGCAUCUGAGAACGAUGAGAGUGGAGCAGCAAGCAUCAUGUGCAUGGAGAAGUUGUUGGGAUGCUUAGCAUUGGGCUGGGCUACCCUUGUUUUGAUCCUCUAGAGGCUUCGCUCGAUCGCUGUCUCAAUAUUCUUGUAUCUUUGGUUUUUUUUUUUAGUUAUCAUUUGAAGCCCCAUUUGGGCUUACAUUUAAUUUAUUGACUUUUGUUACCUUGAAACGCUUAUUAUUCUGUUGCAAAUGAUGUCGUCUAUAUUGUUAUUAUUUUUCCAGUUAAUUCAAAUGCUGCUGUUCAUCGGUGAUUUAUUA